GUUUUUGAAGGUACUUGACUAACAGAAUAUGAGGCAUGGAAGAGUUUUAAGGUGAUCAACUGCUUCAGGCCGAGCAUCAUCAUCUUUUCUCACGUUGAUCUAGGCUUCCAAGGCAGGCUUUCAGACAAUCCAAUGGCAGACCAAAGGAUGGACAUAUCUUCUACAAUUAGUGACUUUAUGUCACCAGACCCUGCUGACUUGAUCUCCAGUUCCCUUAGCACUUCAGGAAUGGAUUGUAACAGGAAAAGAAAGGGAAGCUCUACUGAUUAUCAGCUUGAUGGCUUUCCUUUUGAGGAAGGUAUGGAUACAGAUAAAGAUGACCAGCAUGGAAGAUUGGAGUAUACAGACCAACAAGGCAGAAUAAAAAAUGCAAGGGAGGCUCAUAGUCAAAUUGAAAAAAGGCGUAGAGAUAAAAUGAACAGUUUUAUAGAUGAACUGGCAUCUUUGGUACCAACGUGCAACGCUAUGUCUCGAAAGCUAGAUAAACUCACUGUACUGAGGAUGGCUGUCCAGCAUAUGAAAACACUACGUGGUGCUACAAACCCAUAUACAGAAGCAAACUAUAAGCCUGCUUUUCUAUCAGAUGAUGAAUUAAAACAUCUUAUUCUCAGGGCAGCAGAUGGAUUUCUUUUUGUUGUGGGCUGUGACAGAGGGAAGAUACUGUUUGUUUCAGAAUCUGUCUUCAAGAUCCUCAACUACAGUCAGAAUGAUUUGAUUGGUCAAAGUUUAUUUGAUUAUCUUCAUCCUAAAGACAUUGCCAAAGUGAAGGAGCAGCUCUCUUCUUCUGACACUGCACCACGAGAAAGGCUUAUAGAUGCAAAAACUGGACUCCCAGUUAAAACUGAUAUAACACCUGGGCCAUCACGACUGUGUUCUGGAGCAAGACGGUCCUUCUUUUGUAGGAUGAAGUGCAAUAGACCUUCAGUGAAAGUAGAAGACAAGGAUUUUCCUUCAACCUGUUCAAAGAAGAAAGCAGACCGCAAAAGCUUUUGCACUAUUCAUAGUACAGGAUAUUUAAAAAGCUGGCCGCCAACAAAAAUGGGACUAGAUGAAGAUAAUGAACCAGAUAACGAAGGUUGUAAUUUAAGCUGUCUUGUUGCAAUUGGACGGCUGCAUCCUCACGUAGUACCACAGCCAGUCAACGGUGAGAUCAGGGUGAAACCUACAGAAUAUGUUUCUCGACAUGCAAUAGAUGGAAAAUUUGUUUUUGUAGAUCAGAGGUAA